AUGGCGAUGGGGCUCCGAAAGGGGCAAAGCUUGCUGACCGCAUCGGCGGUGCAUGCCAGUGGGUGGGCUCUCCCUUUUCGCGCGCGGUUUAAAGCGGCAGCUCGCAGCCUUUUCCUCCUUCCCUCCAUCCAUUCGACGACGCCGGAGAGUGAGAGAGUGGCCUUCUGUAUACAUAGCAACCUCCGUAGCAGCAGCAGGAGCACUGUGAUCUGCGAGUUCGCGGCGGCGCCGGCCAUGCAGCAAGAGCUCGCCGCGCUGGCGUACCAGUCGGCCGGUUUCGUCGGCCUCCCGACGUCCUACCUGCCGCCGCACCCGCACGACGUCGACGUGGACCUCGUCGACGGGUGGUUGGUCGGCGGCAGCGGCGGGGCUGGCGACAAUGGCCGCGGCCCGCCGUCGUGCGACAGCGGCCUGAGCCACGUCGCCGACGCCGUGAGCGAGACGAGGAAGGCGAGGCGGCUGGCGUCGAACCGCGAGUCGGCGCGGCGGUCGCGGAUGCGGCGGCGGAGGCAGCUGGACGAGCUGUCGGCGUGCGCCGCGGAGCUGCGGGCGGCCAACCAGCGGCUCGUCGUGGAGCUCAACCGCGCCGAGGCCAGGCACGCGCAGGUGGCCCGGGACAACGCGCGGCUCCGGGAGGAGCUGCGCCGCCUGCGGGGGAGGCUCACCGCCGAGGAGGAGGCCGCCGAUCGAGACGCCGGCGACGAGGCCGCCGCCGCAAGAACGCCGUAGGAUCCGACGUACGUAACACAUGCGAUCGCGACCGUAGUAUACACCAGGACGAUGAUAUAUGCCAUAACCAUGAGGAGAUUAAUUACCGGGCGUGUGAAUAUUAUGUAGCUGGAUUGUGUUUUCAUCGAUCGGGCUCUUGAAAUUGCUCACUCCUG